AUGACCCCUCUGCCUGAUAUAAAGGGCAAGCUAGAUUCGGAAUCAUCGAUAAACAAAAGUAGACAACCAUCAGAAACUAAGACAAAAACGCCUGAAAGUAAUGUCUUUACAAGCAAUACCAAGUCCACCUCGAUAAAACCAAGUCCGGCGCAGUUGUUUGAUUUAAUUUCAAAAAACUACGAAAGUUGGCUGCAAGCUAUGGCUAAACAAUUUGAAGACGAAGAAAAUUUCUCACCGUUUCCAACUGAAGAUGACUUGAAUCCCGCAAAACUGAAUCCAAUAUUCAACUACAACUUGUUAGAGGCACUUGAAUCUGCAUCGAAUCAAGCGGGAGAGAAGAUCCAGGAAAUAACCAAUGAUGGCAUACAAAAGACUAGUCUGCUGCGUGGGCUGCAAAAUGGUACCUCAACAAGACCAAUCAAGCACCCAAAAAGAAAAAUCAUCUGUCCACCUCAAUCAUUGUUGAACGAUACCGAAAUUGAUUUCAUACGAGACAAAAUUGCACAGAUAAUCAAGCAAAAGGAUGGAGGAAGCUUACCUAAAAACUUCAACUUAUUUGAGUCAGGCUAUAGUAGUAUUCAUCUUCAUGGUGAUGAUAAUUUAAAUAAAAUCUCAAGUGAGCUUGAAAACAAUGGUCAGCUCAAUCCCACCUCUAUCGAGAUAGAGUUUAGUCCAAUUCCUGAAUGCAAAACCCAUGGUAUAGAAGAUUGCGAUUGCCCUAUCUUUGAUGAAACAUAUGCAUCUUCCCGUCUAUCAUCGAGAGGUGUUUUGAGUGGUUUGCGACAUACAGAGAGUGAUGACGACGACGGCGGUCCUUCAUGUGAGUUUACAUUUGAAUAUGAUGGUAAUGGAAAACUUCUUCCAACAGGUAACAAUAUUGAAGAGAAGCUAAAGCUGAUGAGCCAGGAAGCAACCAAAUUGAGGGGGUUGCAAGAGGAAUUUAACACAACUAUAAAUGAGGCGGAUGAACCUCAGCAAAACUCAUCAACGAAAAAACAACUAAGUACCUGGAAAGCAUCUUCAUCUAGCUCAUCGUUGUCAAAACAUAUGGCCAAAGUAAAGAGGAAACUGAAACAAGUAAUCACUGACCCACUUGAUGAUCUAAAGAGAAUGGUUAAAGAGCUGUCACAGGAAAAAUUGGAAAAGUAUCGAUUACAAAAUCGUCAAUCGGCAACACCGAGAAACUAUUAUGGAUUGAUACCCAAUGAGAAUUGUUGCUUAUUGUGUCAGUAUGAAGCUGUAUUUGGCAUGAAACCUCGUUACCUUGUUUCUAAGAAAGCCAGCUGA